UCUGGUUGAAGCUGUCAAAAAACUUAAGUUUGCGGUGGCUUUUUAGUUUUUCAAGAAUAUUAUAAUAUCAAAGAAAGUCAGUCUCGGAAUAAUCAUUUAAUUUAAAUUUAAAAUGUCUAUUCUAAGACAAUUUUCUAGAUUAUCAAUAUGUCCCACAGUAAAAUUUCAGUUAAAUCGAAAUAUAUCGACGACAAGUGCCUUAACGUUCAAGAUCACUGAACAGCUAUGGGCUGAACCGAUGAAGAAAAAAAAGAAAAUAGAUCCUGCUAUUGUUAAAGCACGCGAAGAGCGCCGUCGUAAGAAAAUUGAGAAACAAAUUCGGAGGCUUGAGAAAAAUGCUAGACAGUUAAAACCUAUUGAUGAGUUGGAGGUUCCACUUCACUUGAUGGAUUCACUCAAAAAAUAUAAACGGCCUCCUGUUCAGUUGUCGGUCGAAGAAAUCGAAGCCCGCGAGCUACUCCAAAAGGAAUGGGCUCGUUACAAACGUGAUGAAUAUAUGAACAACAUUGCACAAGUCGACAGGAUCAUGGCAGCCCAGAAACGCGCUCUGGACAGGCUGUACGAGGAAUCAGAGGAUCUGUACAAUGAAGCUAUUAUGCCCGACUUGCAACUACUGCCUUAUACCAUAAGCGGUCCGGUAGCGACGCCGCCCAUCAAGGACUACGAAUCGCCCGACGGAGAAUACAUUGAUGUGUCGAAGAAAUGGGACAAUUAGUGUAUUUAUUUAUCUGUGCUGAUUAACAAAUAACAGCCAGUAUUUGUGUAUCGAGUUCGAGUUAGUUCGAGUACCGCAAACACAAUUUCCAAUAGAACUGUUUGCUCAGUGCGAGUUUAUUAACGUCCUCGAUAGCGUAAAGAUAACUAAAAUUUUGUAUGCAGUUGGAACAGCGCCCCUAGCGGCAAACGUAGGCAAACGUUUCAACUCCAUACAAAUUUGAGUUAACUUUCUCGCUAUCGAGAACGGCACAAAACUCGUACUAAGCACAUAGGACGCCAUCUUGAAAUUUGUUCAGUGUGCUACAUUUGCGUGCACAAUAUCGUCUUUUCGCAUUAAAAGUGUACAAUUUCCAAAAACAUUCGAAAUUGAGUUAAUAUGCGGAAUCAUUUGGUAUCACCGGUGUUUU